AUGAAUAUCGUUGAACAGGUUGAUAAUAAAGAGACGAAAUUGCAAGAUAUAGAUUUUCCAUAUAUAUGCAGAAUAUGCCAGAGUAGGAACAAUUUGCUCGCAUUUCAAGAACAAUCCUCUCUAAUGGGGACAUUUAAACUUAUUACAAAUAUCGAGGUCAGUGCCAAUCCUGAUAUGCCUCAAAAUAUAUGUAACAAAUGUAUAAGUAAACUUCAAUCCAUUGAAAAUUUUAUAGCAAACUGUAUAGAAACAGAAAAUAUGCUGCUGAGGCUGCUUCCAAAUAAGCAAAUUAGAAUUAAGACUGAAAUAGUAGAACCAGAUGAGGUGGAGCUAAUGGACACCUGUAUGUUAGAGCUGAUUAAAAAUGAAGUACAAGAAUGUGACAUUACGACUGAUGAAUGGAACAUUAAUUCUAAACAUAUGCAAGAGUUCUGUAAGAAUACAUCACAAACUGAAACAGAGUGUACAAAUGAAAAUGAUUCCAGUGUAAACAUUGAUGUUAGCUUAAAAGACCAGUAUUUAUCAGAAGCCUGUAAUAUUAAGACAGAAUCAAUUGCUGCAACAAAUGAUUCGGAAAAUAGAUCUUCUAACAUUGAUGAUGUUAAAAAUCACAAUAGUCAGGAAGAAGAUAAAACUAAGGUUACAGUUAAAAAAGGCAACCGAACUCGAAAAGGUUAUUGCAUUUACUGUGAAGCAGAGGUACACCAUUUCGUCAAACACCUGGAAAGGAUACACAUUAACGAACCUGAAAUUGAACUUUUAUUUUCUGAACCACCCGGCACCAUUAAAAGAAAACAGAUGAUUUUGUCUCUUCGGAAAAGAGGAAAUUGCAUAGCCAAUUCUGUUAAAAACGAACACAACGAAAGCGAUUUAAAAAUGGAAAACCACAACUCGUCGGAAACAAUAAAUAUCAAGGAGGAAAAUAAAACAAAGGUGAAAAGUAAAAAAAGUCAUACUCGUAAAGGAUUUUGCAUUUACUGUCAAACUGAAGUAAAUCAUUUUGUUAAACACCUAGAGAGGCUACACUUUAACGAACCUGAAAUUGAACUUUUAUUUUCGGAACCGCCAGGCACCACUAAAAGAAAACAGAUGAUUAUAUCUCUUCGGAAACGAGCAAACUGUGCAGCUGGUUUAGGUGGAGCGGGACACAUUGAUCGAAAUUUAUUAACGUAUGUAUUUCCCAGCAUGAAACUUGAUCAAAAAACGCUCAUAGCCCAAAAUGAUGAAUUAAUUUGUGCGUUUGGAUCAAAAUACUUAAAGAGUCUGGGUACUAAAAACCACAACGUAAUUUCUACAAGAAUGAGGCUACUAGCUGCGUUCCUUAUACAAGUUCAGCGAACGGAAAGUUCUAUUUCAGAUAUAUUAACUGUUUUGCAGCCUAAGUAUUGGGAAUUAAUUGCGAAGGUAAUAUGUAUACUUGCGAAAUAUGACUCUAUACUUGGUAGGUAUAAUUCACCGAGUGUAGUGGUCAACUGUACAAAAUAUAUAAAAGAUUGUUGUAAGUUAGCACUAGAACAAAGCAAGGCUCCAGUAGGAGUUGAUCUUAUGACAUACCAUAAAAACGUUCAGGAGCUUUGGAGCUAUUUCGAUGAUAAUCACAAAACUCAGCAAUGCUUACCGGAAGUAACAAAAGUACCGUUGAGUUCCGAAGAAAACCAAGAUUUUGAUGAAACUUGCAAUGAAAAUCAAACAGAUGUAAAUUUACUAUUUGCAAAAGGCAAGAGACGACGAAUUUCCUGGAGCUUCGAGCAAAAGAAAAUUGUUUUAGAUUUUUUUAAAGAUCACAUUCGACAAAAGCAGUCUCCAAAGAGGGGGGAAUGUGAAGUAUUGAAAGAGAAAUAUUCUCCACUUUUCGAAAAUAAAUCUUGGGAGAAAAUCAAAGCCUACGUGUUUAAUGAAUAUAGGGUGAACUAA